AUAAACACGUCAGUGUAUCAUAUAAAUUCAAGCAGUUUGUUUAACUAAUACCAUUCAGUAAAUUAAACUUAGAGCAAUAAAGUCUAUGUGAAUAGUUUUUAAUACAAUAAUUCUUUAAAAUUUAUUAGCAAAAAUAACUUAAAUAAAAAUAUGCAAACAACAUUUAAUGUUUGCAAAUUAUAUUUGCUAUUAUGUCUUGGUUUAUCAACAAACGCCAGUCCAAUAUUAAAUGGAUUAAAAACAACAUCAUCUGAUUAUCAACAGAGCAGUUUAUCAUUAGAAAAUGAACCUACGUUUCCUCCUACCACAAAUUUUGGAAAUGUGAAAACCAAAUCUAAUUUACAGACGGUUUCAGAAGUUGACCAAAGUCUGAAAAAUACUCCAGGUAUUACCACAACAUACAGAGAUCAAAAUGGAAAUCUUGUAACUCAGGUAAAAAAAGAAAUUUUUAAUAAAGAUAAUGGCCAAAGCUCUCAUACAUUUGAAAUGCAAGAGAGUAAACAACUUCCAAAUGGGUAUUCAAAAAGUUUCAAAAAAGAAUAUUCGUCAUCCAGCGUAAAUGGACCUCAACCUAUUCUAUUUGUUCAAAAACCAUUGAACACAGAAAAAUAUUACAAUAGUGAACAAUUAUCAAAUGGAGAGUCAAGUUCAUAUGGAUCUUUCCAAAAUUAUCAAGGACAAUCGAUACCUGCUAAUAUAGGAAACAUAGGAAUCAAAUCAAAUUUUAAGUCAACUGUUGAUCAAAGUUUGACAAAUGUACCUGGGAUUACAUCAACAUUUAGAGACCAGAAUGGAAACAUAGUUACUCAAGUAAAAAAAGAAAUUGUUACCAAUAAUGAUGGUCAAAAUGGUCAUGUAACAGAAUUCGAAGAAACAAAACAACUUCCAAAUGGAUAUUCAAAAAGUUUCAGAAAAGAAUAUUCGUCAUCUAGCGUAACAGGACCUCAACCUACUAUAUUUGUUCAAAAACCAUUGAACACAGAAAAAUAUUACAAUAGUGAACAAUUAUCAAAUGGAGAGUCGAGUUCAUAUGGAUCUUUUCAAAAUUAUCAAGGACAAUCGAUACCUGCUAAUGUAGGAAACAUAGGAAUCAAAUCAAAUUUUAAGUCAACUGUUGAUCAAAGUUUAACAAAUGUACCCGGGGUUACAUCAACAUUUAGAGACCAGAAUGGAAAUAUAGUUACUCAGAUAAAAAAAGAAAUUGUUACCAAUAACGACGGUCUAAAUGGUCAUGUAACAGAAUUUGAAGAAACAAAACAACUUCCAAACGGAUAUUCAAAAAGUUUCAGAAAAGAAUAUUCAUCAUCUAGUGUAGUUGGUAUUCCUCCAACAUUAAUUAAAGUAAAUACUACUGAGAAGAAUAUGUAUUCACCACAAAAAUUCACACAAAAGGAAACAGAAAAAUUUAAUGGUUACAAUACAUUUUUUAACAACCAAAAGUAUACAUCAGAUCCAAACAGCCCAAUUAAUUCUCAAGUAUUUAACAAUAAAAAACAAUCAUUAGAAACUACUGGUUCGUCAUUUGGUCAUAGCACAACAGAUCAAAUUGACUGUGAAGAAGGAUCCUCUAGUACUUCUUUAACAAAUCAAAAUUUUAAACAACAAACAAUUAACACACAUUUUUUGCCAGUUAAUCAACAAGUACCAGUUAAUAACAAUCCUUAUUCAACACUAACACAAGAGAAAGUUGGUCAACAAUCCGUAAAUUUACAUGGAUAUUCACAACCAUCUCAAAUAGGACAACAGUCUGUAGACAUUACUAAUUCAUAUGUACCAAAAAAACCAAGUGGUCAAAAAUUUGAAAAAAUUGAGUCAUUUUCCACACAAACACAAGAGGAAGUUGGUCAACAAUCAGUAGAUUUACACGGAUAUUUACAACCAUCUCAUAUAGGACAACAGUCUGUAGACAUUACUAAUUCAUAUGUACCAAAAAAACCAAGUGGUCAAAAAUUUGAAAAAAUUGAGUCAUUUUCCACACAAACACAAGAGGAAGUUGGUCAACAAUCAGUAGAUUUACACGGAUAUUUACAACCAUCUCAAAUAGGACAACAGUCUGUAGACAUUACAAAUUCAUAUGCACCAAAAAAACCAAGUGGUCAAAAAUUUGAAAAAAUUGAGUCAUUUUCCACACAAACACAAGAGGAAGUUGGUCAACAAUCAGUAGAUUUACACGGAUAUUUACAACCAUCUCAUAUAGGACAACAGUCUGUAGACAUUACUAAUUCAUAUGCACCAAAAAAACCAAGUGGUCAAAAAUUUGAAAAAAUUGAGUCAUUUUCCACACAAACACAAGAGGAAGUUGGUCAACAAUCAGUAGAUUUACACGGAUAUUUACAACCAUCUCAAAUAGGACAACAGUCUGUAGACUUAACAAGUAAUUUAGAAGGACACAAUCCAACAUAUCAAAAACAAUAUGGGAAUGUGAAUUUUCAAUCAUCAAAAUUGUUGUCACAAACUGGAAAAUUAUCAACGGGUAAUGAUGAACCUAUAACCUCUAAAUAUAAUAGUGUCUUCGAUAAGUUAGGUCAAUUGGAACAUGAAAUUCUAGGUGCAAAAAGCACAGUAAACAUAAACAAUGGAAAUUUACAAACCACUUAUUCAACCAACCAUAAUGUAAAAAGCAUGCCUGUGCAAACGAGUCAACAAGAGUCCCACUUUUCAAAAACCAUAAAUGAAAACACACAGUAUAUAGAACCAGAAUCUGAAAUAGCUUAUUCUAAAUCAUUUAAAAAAGAUUCAAAAUUAGUAAUACAACAAGAUGCUAUUGAAAAUCAUACAUCAAAUAAUGAACUUUUUUCAGAAAAUCUAACCACACCAUCUUCAGUUUGGAAAAAAAUUGGAGAUAAAUUCAAAGGAACCAUUGAAAAUGCAAAAAACAAAGCCCAACAGUUAGCAUCUAAUAUUAAUGAUAAAGUAGGUUUUUCAAGUGUAACUGGAAACCCAUGUUAAACAUUAUUAUUGUUUAAAAUAUUUAUAACAAUAGGUUUUAAAAUAUAUUUUAAGCUUAUUUUUUUAUUAUUAUUAUUACUAAGUGUAAAAUUGUUUUCUACUAUGUAAAUAUUUGAAAUGUAUUUAAUAAUAACAAUUGUUUAACUUAUUUAUUUAUACAAAUGUAUUUAUUGAGAAUAAUUCACUCAUAAAAAUAUUAUAACUUAUAUAAAAGUUGUUAUUUUUUUAAAUUAAAAAAUAUUAUUUAUAUAUUA